AUGACCAAAGUCUUGAUACAAACUUGGAAUGAUAAGCACAAGAGCAAUUUAAUUCUCUCCAAAGGUCUUGACUUGGUUGAAGAAGAAGAGCAGAUUACACAUCAAACUUUCAAGUUUGAUCCCAAUGACCUGGGUAACAAGGAAGAAUACACAUCUGUCAAGGCAGAGAUUCAAGGCAAAGAUUCAAAAGAGCCAUCUGACCACUAUUUGCUCGUGUAUAAGGUUGAGCUGAGGGAAAACAUUAUGCUUCUAGCUGUUCUUAGCCAAGCAGUUAAUACGACAGAAUCAAAAUCUGUCUGUGUGGGUUCAAAACCUGCUAAAGAUGAAAUCGUCAAGUGA